AUACCACAGGACACAUUUCGAGUUCCUCCCCGCCAUGCGAAUCAAUUUGGCCGCGAUGGCUGGGGAUGUUGGAAGAAGCAUAUAAUAAUGUCUGUUGGAUCAGGAGAGCAAUCACGUACCCACACAACAGACUAUAUCCAUCCAUCCAUCCAUCCAUCCAUCCAUCCAUAUCUGAUCUGAUCUGAUCUGAUCUGCUGCCACCAUGUUCUGGACAAACUAUCUACUACUGGUACUACCCCUCCUAGCACCAACAGCCUCAGCCCUAAGCACAGCCCGCACCUGGGUAAAAUUCUACCCACACUGCCCAACCCCGUCUCCGGGAUCCCAGGUGGGCGAUCUCGACCUGGACGAGCAAUUCGCGGUAGGAAUGAACGUUCACGCGGGGUCGUGCCAGGCCAUCCCCGUUCCGCUGGCCUACGCGCCCGCAGGCCGAUACGUGUCGGUUGAAACGGACGGGUUCUGGCUCUCUCCCGGGGAGACGUGCAGGAUUGCCUUGCAUGAGUUGCCUGGGUGUGUGGGGGAGGAGGCUCUGAUCCAGGGGGAUGUGCAGCGCUGGACGACGACGACGACGACGAGCGCGGGGGUUGGAAGUGCGGGAAGUGCGCUGGGGGAGUGUAGGGAGAGAAAGCUUUACGGGCUCAGUGAGAUUUGGAUGAGCAUGUCGUGUGCAAAGGAGGAGGAGGAGGAGGAGGGAGGCAGAAAGGGAGGCAGAAAGGGAAAGAGAAAGGGUUCUAUGGUGGUUCAUGGGCCGAGUAUCAAUAAUAUGACCAUGGUGACUGCGUUUUUGAACGGGACCGCACCGGGCGCUGGGAAUGGUACGGCGCCUCGGAGGAGAUUAUGGCAGCAUACGCGGAGGAGGCUUUCGCUUUGGGGGCGUUAGAUAGCUUACUUCUUCUUCUUCUUCUUUUUGGUGGUUUCUUUGUUCUUAUUUUCUGUGUUGGAUUCUCUCUGUAUAUAAUAUCUAUAAAAAGCGUGGCGUUAGUUUGGAUAUGAAA